AUGGAUCGCAUAAAACAAACAAUUGAUAAAACUCGCAGGCCAAAUUUUACACAGAGAGAAACUAAUAUAUUGGUAGACGAAAUUGAAACAGACCCAGAGCUAGCAAGAGGUGAGCUUGGUAAAAAGUAUAGAAGUAUUUUGGAUAUGGGAAAUAAAUGGGAUGAAAUUGCAAACAAAAUAAAUGCUACCGAGUGCUUUAACAGAACUGGUAAAGAAGUAAAAAACAAGUUUUCUGACAUGAAAACAAAAGUUAAAAAAAAAGCUGCUGAAAUAAAACGAAACAAGAGAAGAGACAGGGGGCGGAGGGCCAUCAAAAUUAUGCCUCGCCGAUUUGGAGAAGGGAUUGAUACUUUUGCAAGGCCAAAACCCAUUGAUAAUAUUGUACAAGAAACAGAAAUCGAACAAGACCUGGCAUCAACCAUGUUGACAAAAGAGGACACAAUCAUGUUGGCCACACAUAAAACUGAGAUGCGAAUCACAUCAAACUCAUCGAAAAUAAAAGAUAAUAAAAUAGGAAAGAAAAGAAAACUGACGCAACCCCAGCCACCACUAAAAAAACCAGUCUUAAGGGAUGUGCUGACUAACCAAACUAAUAUUUUACGAGAAAUGAAAGUUACAAACUGUCUUCUUAGAAAACUUGUUGUUUUAAAGAACAAAGAAGUUCAAUUUCUAAUCUCAACUAACACCCUGUAA